GAAAAGCAAUCAAGUUUAAAUCAUUAUUUUACGAGCCGAAAGCACAAACAAAGCGUUUCCCCAACAAUUUCUCUCUGUUUCCAUUUUUCAUUUUCUAUACUCUUUCUCUCAAAAGUGAGAGAUCGAAAAAGAGAAUGGUACCAACCGCUCCAGUUUUCACUCGUUAACAGAUCUGCGUUUUCUCCACCAUUGCCUUCAUCUUCUUCAUCUAUCUAUCUCAGAUGACUCUUUUCUGCAUUACAGUACAGAGGAAUAUAUUAUAGAAUAGAAGAUCUUAAUUGAAUGACGUCUCUGAUCCAUUCAUUCAUGUACUGCGUAGCAUUGCUCUGUUGAAGGAAAAUAUGGAAACUGGAGAAAGCAACAAUGGUAAUGAGAGGUGUAUCAUAUCCAAUGAUUCUUCAUGGUUCAGUCAAUUCCGAAAUGCAUCCAAUCCUUGGAUGGCAAGAUAUGCCUAUGCCUUUAUUUUUCUGCUGGCUAAUUUGUUGGCAUGGGCUGCUCGUGACUAUGGUCGUAGUGCUCUAACAGAAAUGGAGAGAUUAAAAGGAUGCAAUGGUGGAAAAGACUGUUUGGGUGCUGAAGGUGUUUUGCGUGUGAGCUUGGGUUGCUUUACAUUCUAUAUCAUAAUGUUUUUGUCAACUACUGGCACUUCUAAACUAAAGCAAAAGAGAAACACAUGGCACUCUGGAUGGUGGUUAGUCAAGAUUGCUUUGUGGAUCGUCAUGACUGUCAUCCCAUUUUUUCUACCUUCCGGCUUUAUUCAAAUUUAUGGGGAGGUGGCGCAUUUUGGUGCCGGGGUUUUCCUCCUAAUCCAACUAAUUAGCAUAAUCAGCUUCAUCACAUGGCUGAAUGAUCACUGUGCGUCUGAAAAAUAUGCAGCACGUUGCCAUAUUCAUGUGAUGUUGUUUGCAACAACCGCAUAUGUUGUCUGUUUGGUGGGGAUCAUUUUGAUGUACAUUUGGUAUACACCAGAGCCUUCUUGCCUUCUCAACAUUUUCUUCAUCACUUGGACGCUAGUACUUGUCCAACUCAUGACCAGCGUGUCUCUGCACCCGAAAGUUAAUGCUGGUAUUCUAACUCCGGGGCUGAUGGGGCUUUAUAUUGUCUUCCUUUGUUGGUGUGCCAUUAGAAGUGAACCUGCUGGAGAAAACUGCAUCAGGAAGUCAAACUCUGCACCCAAAACAGACUGGCUAAGCAUCAUUAGCUUUGUUGUUGCAAUACUUGCAAUUGUUAUUGCGACAUUUUCAACAGGCAUAGAUUCCAAAUGCUUCCAGUUCCGGAAGGAUGAUACACCAGCAGAGGAUGAUGUACCAUAUGGUUAUGGUUUUUUCCAUUUUGUUUUUGCCACGGGAGCAAUGUAUUUUGCUAUGCUAUUGGUUGGAUGGAAUAGUCAUCAUUCUAUGAGAAAAUGGACAAUUGAUGUGGGGUGGACCAGCACCUGGGUCAGAAUAGUAAAUGAAUGGCUGGCAGUCUGUGUUUAUUUAUGGAUGCUCAUAGCUCCAAUGAUAUGGAAGUGCAGACAAGUUGGUUCUACUUGAGAAAGUCGAAAUAUAACCAUCCUAGUUAUGAAAUUUUGUUGAGAAUUAAGAUCUUCAGACAGCCCCAAAUCUCAGAUGUACAUAUAGUGGACUCCUCCAGCUCUGCAGAUAGGAAACAAGAAUUGCAACUACAGCAUCCAUGAAAUUCAAACUGAAAAACUGAUUGUUCUUAAGUGUGCACUGGACAGAAUUAAUGUUUCUGGCACAAAUGCACGCAUACUGGUUGAAUUGGAUUUGUGCGAUUUCCGCAUGAAGAUAUACAGUCCUUUCACUUUAUGAAGGGAUUAACAAAGACAACUACACUCUUACCUGUACAUGUGUCACUGAGAGAUCAUAAUGUUAUGUUAUACAAUUUAAUAUAUGCAUUCUUCAGUCAUAA